CUGUCCUCUAGCAGUGGGAAGCCAUUCCCCCUUGUCCUGGCACUUCAUUUUUAAAUAUUUGGGUUUAUUGAGCUUUCAUUUGCCUCAGUUGCAAGUGUCUGUAACAGAGAUAUCCUGCUGUGUCUGUCACAGCAAUCCUGUAAUAAAGCAAUCCUGCCACAUGGAACAUGGACUUGUGAUUUCAUACUAAUUAUUAUUUCUGGGGCAGUACCUGGGGGGAUGCACCACCUGGUGUUGUGCCCUGUCAGAAAUCAUCUAGGGAGUCAGGAAAUACAGGUGUGGUGGCAGGUGGUGUGAGAGAGACAAUGAAUUGGACAUUGGGAAUUAGAAAGGUGAAAUUUAAAUUUUCAAGCCCGCUCUAAGCAUUUGUACAAGUGUAGGACUUGCAAGGGUAGGAUGGUCCCAGCUCUGUUUCCUAUAAAUGCAGAGGCAGUACAAUGGAGCAAACCUGUGAUGCUUUGAGGAUGGUUCACUGAUCUACCUAAGCCUCAGCAGAAGUGCAAGAUCACAGCAGGGACAAAGACAAGAAUUACAGUUCUGCAAAAGGCUCAGGGGUUUGACACAAAAUGUGUCUCGAGGGGGACCAGGCCCAGCCGCUCUCCAUUGUCCAUCAUCUGGCCUGGCUGCCCAGAGAGCUCCCAGAUGACUGGAGGUGCCAAUGUGAUGCCUAUCCACAAGCACGGGCAGAAGGAGGAUCCAGGGAACUCCGGGCCUGCCAGCCUGACCUUGCUGAGUGGGAAGGCCACGGAACAGAUCGUGCUCAGUGUCACUGCACAGCACGUGCAGAACAACCGGAGCAUCAGGCCCAGCCAGGCUGGGGUUGUGACAGACAGGUCCUGCCUGACCGACCUGAUCUCCCCCUGUGACAGUGUCACCUCCUCAGUGGCUGAGGGAAAGGCUGUGAUGUGUCUGCCUGGACUCAAGUGAAGCUUUGACACUGUUUCCCACAACAUUCUCCUGGAGAACCUGGCUGCUCCUGGCCUGGACAAGGGCACUGCUCGCUGGCUCACGGCUGGGCCCAGGGAGUGGUGGGGAAUGGGCCACGUCCAGCUGGGGCUGGGCACCACUGGGAUUCCCUGGGCUCAGUACUGGGGCCAGUCCUGUUUCAUGUCUAUAUCCACGCUCUGGACAAGGGGAGUGAGAGCACCUCAGCCAGUUCUCAGGGGACACCAGGCUGGGUGGGAAUAUGGAUCUUCUGGAGGGCAGGAACCUCUGCAGAAGGCUCUGGAAAGGCUGGAUGACCCCUCCCCAGCACACAUUCCAGCCCCUCAAUGUCCUUCUUAGUUAUGAUGGCCGCAGAACUGACUCAGGGUUUGACUAAACAGUGCCCAGCACAGGCCUGGCCAGGGCCUGUGGCCACACUCUGGCUGAUAGCAGCCAUUGGCCUCUUGCCCACCGGGGCUCCUCUUCAGCCAGUGUCACCAGCACCCCCAGCUCCUCUUCCAGCUUUCCAGCUGCUCUGCCCUAAGCCCAGGUCACUGCAGGGGACUGUGGUGACACUUGGGCAGAACCCGGCCUCACUGAACCUCAAACCGUAGGCCUCGGCCCAUCAAUCUGGCCUGGUCCUGUUUAGACUCUGCAGAGUGUAAACCACAGUUAAUCAAUAACUGUGGAGAGCUUCAAGGGAUUCUGCUGCUGAGCUGAGCCUGGGGACACCAGGAGCUCCCGGGGAGCCUCAGGUCCUGCCCCAGCCCCUCCUGGGCUCUGUCCCCUCUGUCUCUCCCUCCUGGGCCCUGCAGUGGGACGUUCGCUCGCCGUGCUGUGUUGGGUGUGACUGAGCUGGAUCUCCUGUUCCCCGGCAGCCCUCCCAGUGCCAGGGUCACAGCAGGACCUGGGCAGGUGCCAGUGACACCCCUGAGCUCUGGUGCUGCCCAGCAGGGCUGGCACCACACCAGCCCUGGCUCCCCAGCACCCUCCGUCUGUGGGGCCUCGGGAGGGGACACAGCCAGGACAUAUCCCAAGCCACAUCACCUUGGCUCAGAUAUAAAAGUUCAGGAAAGGAGGAGGAAGGGGGGAAAUUUGUUAUUUACAAUGUUUGCCUUCUGAAGAAAUGUCUCCAAGUGCUGGAGUCCUGCUUUCUGGGAAGUGCCCGGACUUCACCUGCUCAUGGGAAGUAGAGAAUAAAAUCUCAUCUUUUUCCCUUUGCUUACGGAACCUUUUCUUUUUCCUUGUGUUUUUGUUGAAUUAUUUCAACCCUCCACACCUGGGUGGGGGCUGAGAGGAUUUUUCAGGGGGUUCCUGCCUGUCCCUGGGGUUGGAGAGGAUGGUGUCUUCUUCAGCUCCUCUGGGGGGACAGUGAAAUUGCCCGGGAGCAGGGAGUGUCUGGAUUAAAGCCCAGCCAUCCCAGCUAUAAAAAGCUGGAGGAACCCCCUGUCUCCUGUCCAGGAGCACAGGGAGGGACUGAGGGCAGCACCCAGAGCCCACACCCAUGGCAGGGCACAGGCAACGCUUUGGGUCGGGGUGCCGGGAGUGACGCCGCAGAGCUGCGGGGACAGGGACAGGGUGCUCCACGUGGGGGGACAGCGGCCCCUGGGACCAGGCCGGGGUCAGGGCAGUGCUGGGACACGGCCGGGGGCUCCUGGCUGGAGAUGGCCCCUCUCCGCAGGCCGUCCCCUCUCCCCAUUCCCACCUCCUCAGCCCCUGACAGAGGAACAGGCCACAUCCCCCCAGAGUCCCUGCGGUGCCCAGGGGGUCCCUGGGGAGUCUGGCCACCAUGGAGCUCCUGUCACCGCUGCUGGUGCUGCUGGCUGGGAGCCUGGCCACCAGCAUCCACCUGCACUGGUGGGAACGUGGCGGUACCACCAAGGAGAUUGCACUGAACAUGGCCCCCAACUCCUUCGAUGACCAGUACCUGCGCUGCCACUUCAAAAUGCUGAGGGCGCUGCCGGCACUCAACCGCACCGAGUUCGUUCCCUACGGCGACUACGCUGAGGCCUGGAACAGGGCCGUGGCCACAUGGGCCAGCCGGCCCCACACGGAGUCCCCGCUGCGGCCGGAGCAGGCCAUCGCCCUCCUGGCCUACACCAUGGAGGAGGGCCUGUACCUGGAGUUCAACAAGGCCGUGCGCACGGCCGGGCGCUCCCGACGGGAGUACCUGGACACCUUCCACUUCAAGGUGCUGCAUUACCUGCUGACCGAGGCCCUGAGCGACCUGCGGGGUGCCCAGAGCCACCCCCGCUGCCUGCACGUGUACCGGGGCGUCGACGGCAUCCGCUUCACCUCCGGGCUCGGCCAGAUCGUCCGCUUCGGCCAGUUCGCCUCCACCUCCCUGCUGCAGAACGUCAGCGAGUCCUACGGCAUCACAACCACCUUCGAGGUGGACACCUGCCACGGUGCUGACAUCCGCAACUUCUCCAGCUACCCCGAGGAGCAGGAGGUCCUCAUCCCACCCUUUGAGACCUUCAAGGUCACCAAUAUCACCCACCAAGGGGAUGACAUUUACAUCCACCUCCACUCCCACGGCGUGCACAGCAAAUACAACUGUGCCUUGUUCCAAGGCAGAAGCGUCCCCAGAGACCCCCCAGGCCUCACUGGGCUCCUCCUGGCAGCACUGGCAGCUGUCACUGGCACCCCCUGAGCCACAAGACCACCGUGCCUGGUGAAGACAAGGCGUCAGGGAUGGAACCACUGGUGUCACCAGGAUGGCAGAACUGGCUGGGAACGCAGAGAGGCCCCCGCAGGCUGGACACUGGACAAGCCCUGUGGCCACCCUCCCUGAGCCAUGGCUGGAGUGUCAGGGUACAGCUUCAUGGGGUGGGGGGGGAGAAGCACAGUGGGGAUUUUCUUCUCAUUUUGGUUUCUUUUCUCCCUUCCCAUACCAUUCUUCUGAAUUAUUAAACUGUUUGUUACUUAA